GAGGCGGCGGUGACCGCCAGGAGGGGUGGCGGGGCUGAAGUCGGUGCCCCUGGCUCAGUCACGGUGUCCCUCUCUCACUGACUCCCCCUCCUUCCACCACGGCCGCGCCGCCCCAGAUCUGGCGGCUUCCUAGGCGGGGCAGCGGACGGGGCGCGUCUGCUCCCGCCGCCGCCGGCCCGAUAAAUGAGGGACUUCGGGUUUGGGGUGCUGCGGACAGCCCCGCUCCGAAGCAGCAGCCCCAGGUCCCUGUUCAGUGGCGGGGCGUACUGUGCCUACGCCGCGGGGCCCGCCGCGGCCGCCGCCCCGCUGCCCUCCGCCACGCCCUUCGGCCCGCUCUCGCCGCCGCCGUUGCCUGUCACCGGCUUCUCGGAGGGCGCCUCCCCCUUCUCUAUCCCCCUCGGCUGCGGCGGCGCGGGCAGCUCGGCCGCCGGCGCUUCCUCUUCCUCCCCGUUCCUGGCGCAUCAGCAGACCAUGCAGGAUGAGCUGCUGCUGGGGCUGACACAGCAGCCGGCGCGGCCGCUCUCGGGGGCGGCGGCCGCGGAGAAACUCCCCAACCACCACCCCGGCGGCGGCACGAACGCGGGUGUGACCCACCUCCUCCCCUCCCAGGACUUCAAACCGAGUCUGCACCACCCCUCCUCCUCCUCCGCCUCCUCCUGCUGCUGCUGCCGCACCUCCUCCCCGCAGGACUUCAGUAAGCGGCAGCAGCAGCAGCUGAGCAGCCAGAAGAGGAAAGAGUUCAGCCCUCCCCACCUUCCCCACCCUCCGGACUCGAAGCCGCCGCCGCUCCACUGCCCCGGCCGGUUCAGCCCGCCGCCGCCGCCGCCCAGCCCGCUCCUCCAGCCGGCGCAGCUCGCCCAGCGCCCGCAGCAGCAACAGCAGCAGCAGCAGCAGUUCAGCCUCCCGCAUCCGCAGCACCUCCCGCCGCAGGACUUCGCCCCGCGGCAGCGCCCGGCCGACCUGACCCCACUCCCGCAGCUCCAGCCUUCGCCGCCCGCAGCCCCGCGGCGCCGCCACGGAGGCGCGGGCAGCCCUCGCAAGAGCCCGGCCGCGGGUGAGGGCAGCGCCGCCGAGCCCCCCAAUGCGGGCUUGGCCCCUUCGACGCCGCCGGUGAACCCCGCGCCGGGCUCCAUGGAGUCCCCCAACCACCCUCUGCUCAACAGUCCCAGUAACCUCCUGCCCGGCGGGGCGCUCGGCUCCGGCGCCUUCAGCAGCCUGCAGCCGCCGCAGCCGCCGCAGCCCGGCUCGUCGACUGCCACCCCGGGCGGCGGCGGCGGCGGCGGCGGCUCGCUCAGCGCCAUGCCGCCGCCCAGCCCCGACUCGGAGAACGGCUUCUACCCCGGGCUGCCGUCGUCCAUGAACCCGGCCUUCUUCCCGAGCUUCUCGCCCGUGUCCCCGCACGGCUGCGCGGGACUCAGCGUGCCAGCGAGCGGCGGCGGCGGCGGCGGCGGCGGCUUCGGCGGCCCCUUCUCGGCGGCCGCGGUGCCCCCGCCGCCGCCGCCCGCCAUGAAUUUACCUCAGCAGCAGCCCCCGCCGCCCGCGGCGCCGCAGCAGCCGCAGAGCCGGAGGUCGCCCGUCAGCCCGCAGCUCCAGCAGCAGCACCAGGCGGCGGCCGCCGCCUUCCUGCAGCAGAGGAACUCCUACAACCACCACCAGCCUCUUCUGAAACAAUCUCCUUGGAGCAACCAUCAGAGCAGUGGCUGGGGCACUGGAAGUAUGUCCUGGGGAGCAAUGCAUGGCAGAGAUCAUCGUAGAACUGGAAACAUGGGAAUUCCAGGAACUAUGAAUCAGAUAUCUCCAUUGAAGAAACCAUUUUCUGGUAAUGUCAUAGCACCACCGAAAUUUACUCGCUCUACUCCAUCACUGACUCCAAAAUCUUGGAUUGAAGAUAAUGUGUUCAGAACAGACAACAAUAGUAAUACACUCUUACCCUUACAGGUGAGAUCUAGUUUGCAGUUGCCAGCUUGGGGCUCAGAUUCACUCCAAGAUAGUUGGUGCACUGCAGCCGGAACAUCCAGAAUAGACCAGGAUCGAAGUAGAAUGUAUGACAGUUUGAAUAUGCACUCUUUGGAAAAUUCCCUCAUUGAUAUUAUGAGAGCAGAGCAUGAUCCUCUUAAGGGUCGACUGAGCUAUCCACAUCCAGGAACUGACAAUCUGUUGAUGUUAAAUGCAAGGAGUUAUGGGCGAAGACGAGGUCGUUCUUCCCUUUUCCCAAUAGAUGAUGGCUUGCUGGAUGAUGGUCAUAAUGAUCAAGUUAGUGUUUUAAAUUCACCCACAUGUUACUCAGCUCAUCAAAAUGGAGAGCGAAUAGAACGCUUCUCUCGAAAAGUUUUUGUUGGUGGUCUUCCUCCAGAUAUUGAUGAAGAUGAAAUAACUGCUAGCUUCAGAAGAUUUGGGCCUUUGGUAGUAGAUUGGCCUCAUAAAGCAGAAAGCAAGUCCUAUUUUCCACCAAAAGGCUAUGCAUUCCUUCUCUUUCAAGAAGAAAGCUCAGUUCAGGCACUAAUUGAUGCUUGUAUUGAAGAAGAUGGAAAACUAUAUCUGUGUGUUUCCAGCCCUACCAUCAAGGACAAACCAGUUCAGAUCCGUCCUUGGAAUUUAAGUGAUAGUGAUUUUGUGAUGGAUGGUUCUCAGCCUUUGGAUCCUCGAAAAACAAUUUUUGUUGGAGGUGUUCCUAGGCCAUUAAGGGCUGUGGAACUUGCUAUGAUCAUGGACCGGCUAUAUGGUGGAGUUUGUUAUGCAGGAAUUGAUACAGAUCCUGAGCUAAAAUACCCAAAAGGUGCUGGUCGAGUUGCUUUCUCCAAUCAACAGAGCUAUAUUGCUGCCAUCAGUGCUCGGUUUGUUCAGCUUCAGCAUGGUGAUAUUGAUAAGCGCGUGGAGGUAAAGCCAUAUGUGCUAGAUGACCAGAUGUGUGAUGAAUGCCAGGGCGCACGCUGUGGUGGAAAAUUUGCUCCCUUUUUUUGUGCCAAUGUCACUUGCCUGCAGUAUUACUGUGAGUUUUGUUGGGCAAAUAUCCACUCUCGUGCAGGACGUGAGUUCCAUAAGCCAUUGGUAAAGGAAGGUGCUGAUCGCCCACGUCAGAUCCACUUCCGCUGGAACUAAGAAGAGCAAACCGGCCUCUGUUUAACAAGGAAGGAAAGGGUGCAUGUGGCUUACUGUGUCUGAAGAUACUGACAUGCAGAAGAAAUAAGUGCAUUCUUCUGCUUUCACCCCAGCUAUCAAUACAUGCAUCUUUAUCAGCAGCCAAAACACUACAAGCCUCUUGUUUUUCACCAAAACCCUACAUCUCAGGCUUACUAAUUUUUGUGAUAUUUUCAUGUUAAAAUAAAAUGUUUUUUUGUAUUUUCUCCAAGUUAUUUUUAUAUGUAAAGUUAAAAUUAGAUAUGAGAAUGUUUUGCGUAGGGGCAAACAGUCUGCUGCUAUAUAGUGGGUGAAGCGUGCACUUAUUUCUAAACGUGGGUUUUUAACUUCAAGAUCUGCCCCAGUAAUUUACCAAAGGUAGCAAAAUAAUAGUGAAGAUGGAAUAUGUCUGCUACAAAUGCUUAUUUUUAUUGUUGCUAUUUUCAGUGUAUACAUAAACUAAAAAUUAGGGUUGAUUUUUUUGCUCUCCAUUUUGACUUGCAAGAAAUAAUACCUCAAGAUAAUCUGAUUUAUUAGCUAUUUUUAAACAUUUUUAAUCACAAGCUGUAUUAGCUUUGCUGCUAUAUAGGUGUUAUGUGUAAAUGCCACCUAUUAAUACGGGAUUGAAAACGUUAGAGACACACUGCAUUGCAGAUAAAAUGCAGGCAGCACAAUAUGGCCUAAACUGCCAUAGUUUUAGAAUGUGAAAAAAAAAUGCAUGUUUACUUACCUGUAUACACCAUAUGCAUGCACUAGACUUAUUAACUAACAAGAGGUGAGGUAUUGCAAAUGUUCAAAAAAGCUCUCUUGAAUCUAGGUAGCAUGAACAAAUUAUAAAAUUUGUUUAAAAAGAGCAAACUUGCAUGCAUUAUUGUGAUUCAAGUUAAAAAAAAUUGUCCUACAUGUGUACAAUAUGCAAAUUAGUUUUAGAUUAGAGAGUGCAGCCAUUUUGUGAUCUGGUCGGUAGUGGAAUUCGAUUUUAUGCAGACUGGAUGUAAUAUUUGUAAUCCCUGUGCAAUUUUGUGAUGUGCGGUUCUAAUUCAUGUGCAGUGAUAUAGUAUAGAUAAAAGAUUGAAGAAAAAACAUACUAGAAUUUUAAAGAACGUUGAUUUUAGCCCCUUUGAUAGAUAGUUCAUGAUUAAGACAUCCUUUAUAAACCAAAGAUGGCCAGCACACUGCUAACCAGUCACCAAAUGUAAGACCCACAAGAAGCCCAUAUUUAAACAAAUGAACUUUAUAGAAGAAAGCAAAACUUUAGUAAACCUAAGUAAAGUCAAAAUGGAGAUGGGGAAAUAUACAGAUGGCUAGUUGCAUAAAAUUCUAUUUUACCUUAAAGACAAUGGUGAAAUCUGGCUUAAACUUGCUUACAUGUUUGACCUAUGUAUAUUGGAGUCUUCUGUCUAAACUAGGGUCACUGUUGCAUGGAACAUUGUUCUUCUUAAUGGUUAAGAAUUGCUUUUUUAAAAAAAUUUUGAUGAAGGAAUUUUGGUAAUGACUUUGCUUGCAGUUUUUUUGAGAAAGUGGCAUGGAAACAUGCAAUAGUCAAUGAGUUUCUCUUGGUACUGAACACUAUUAGAAUAUCAAAUAUCUUUAGUGAUAUUUUUUCUCUUUAGAGCAUUUGUAAUGCAACUAGCCCCUCUAUUUUAAUGUAAGAGUUACUCUGCAAUCUAAGCAAAGCCACCAACAAUGGUAAAUGUUUUUAAAAAAUGCAGAACUAAUAUUCUUGACUCUAAAGAGAGAAAAUUACAAGGGUGUUGCCUUAUAGCAACCUCUUGGGACAAUCCUUCACAUGAGCAAAGUGUUGAUCUUAAUAUUGGUUGUCUAUGGUGUGCUUUUUUGUACUGUAAAAAUAUGUGGUUCAUGUCUAACUCUGCUGUUUUAUU